CAAUUCGUAUGGCAUUAAAAAAACUGCCAGAGGUCAAAACAACAUGGAUACAAGGAAAAACUUUGCUUGUGCUAGGUCAAUCUUCUUACUGGUCGACGGCUUGCCCGAAUUGCAACAAAGUGUUGCACGCACAAGUAGGUUGGAUAGUUAUAUGCACCCAAUGCAAGGAAGAGGGUGAUGUGCAACCCAGAUGCAAGUUUACAAUUGGUAUCGAAGAUAUGGCUGGAGUUCUGCAUGCUUCUGCCAGCGGACCUGAGGCUGAAGUUCUACUCCUCAUAACAGCAGCUGAAAUGAGUUUAUCUAGAAAUCAUGCAAAAAAUUGUGUGGAUGUGGAAAGCAACUUCCAAAGCAAGACCAUAACAUGCUUUGGUAGGGAUGAAUCAAGGUUUGCUAUCGUUGUUUUGUAUGUAAAUGACGAUGAAAAUAAUAAUCAGGAGCAGCAAUUCACACCAACAGGCCAUAAAGUGCUCUCCAUGCUCAAUGAAACACUAAAUGAAUCUUCAUCCACCAUGAAGAUGUCAAUUGACAAAACAGACUCAGUCAAAGGAUCACUAAAAUUCCAGGAUGCAACACCAACCAAUACAAGCACUGAACAUGACUCACCCGACGAUUCUGAAAAUGUGCAAGAAGCUGGCAGUGUAAAGAAACGCCGCAAGAACAACUUU